AUGUUGGGUGCGAAAAGUAUCACCAUUCAAGUGUACCCCAGAUUCUUCCAGUUGAUGGACCAAAAGUCCCGUUUAGGGAACAAAAUAGCUGCUGCCGUGACCAGCACGUUCAAUUCCACCCCUAGCAAAGCUGGAAAACCGAAAACCCGUGACAAUGGCGUCGCAGAAUGGACAGUUCUAGCUGGUCUAGUAACUAUAGAUGAGGAAGACAAGGUUGAUGUUUUGACGUUAGCCACUGGCGUCAAGGCGUUGCCUGACGAAAUACGAACCUACUCCAACGGCUGGAUGGUUCACGAUAUGCAUGCAGAGAUUCUCUGCCUCAGGAUGUUCAACUAUAUGGUGCUUGAAGAGGUGGUGAAAAAUAGAGAAGGAAGCGGUACUGGCUUUUUGGAGGCCAGGGAUGGAAAGCUACAGCUUAAAGAAGGCCUUAGAAUUGCAUUGUAUGUGUCUGAACCGCCUUGUGGUGAUGCUUCAAUGGGAUAUGUUGCACAAGGCCGUGAAGCUUGGGAUGAGCCUUUGGCGAAGAAACAAAAGGUGGAGAGCCUGGGAACGUUCCAUAGAGGCAGGGAAAGCUUCGAUACGCUUGGAGUGGUGAGAACAAAACCGGGAAGAGCCGAUAGCAGGGUCACUUUAUCCAAAUCGUGCUCAGAUAAGCUAUGUCUACGACAAGAGCUAGGGGUACUUAAUCUGGUGACGUCUUUGUUUGUGGAACCUGUUUACCUUGAUUAUAUUGUUUUGGGGGAGGAUAAAUUUGAACAGGGGGACUUUGAGCGUUGUUUUGGCAGAAUCCAGCCGGAUAAGGGAAGGUUUAUUGAACCGUUGGUUUAUACGGAAGAUUCGUAUGGUUUCCAUAAACGUGACGAUGCUGUUCCGUCGCCAGUGAGUCUUGUGAGCUGUCCGCCUUUGAAGGUGACCCAGGUGCUUUCAAACGGGGCUAAAAACGGUGGUUUCAUCAAAAAUAAACCUCCAAAACCGUCUGGGUCGAGUAUUAUUUGCAACCAACGGUUAAUUGAAAAAGCCAGGCCGCUUCUCAACACCUACCAAGGGCUUAGAACGUACCUGGACGUUAAGGAACUCAAUUCUGAUCGGCAGGCUCUUAAAGCAGCUCUCCAUGGCGUUCUUGGCAACUGGACGCCCACUACGCCAGACGACUUUGCUCUCUAA